CAGCCACCAGCCACCAUCCACCAACCACGAUAAGAUAAGCCACAACAGGCACAACGGGUACCUUACCUGCCGCAGCACCUGCCUGACAAGGUCACACACCCACCCGGGCCACACAAGCGAACCCGCCAUCUCGCGGUCAGUCACAUCAUCUCACUUCAGCUGUCUUCUUGCUCCUCACUGUCUCACUGUCCCUCACCAACUCUCUCUCUGACUCCCUCCUCUCAUCAAUCCUCAUUAUAUCCUCUUAUGUUUCCCAGAUUCAACGACGCUGAAGAUAUCAUGACCAGAAAACUUGUCUACGCUGCCGCCCCAGCUACAGCUCCAGCUCCAGCUCCAAUGGCGACACAAGCUGCUCUACCGACUCGCCCACGAGCCCAAGGCCCAGGAAGCCCAGAGUCAUACGCCGAACCAUUUACCUCUUUCUUGACCGAGAACCCAACCGUAUUCCACACUGUGGACUACUUCACAAAGAAGCUGACCGAUGCGGGGUAUUCCAAACUCUCGGAACGCUCGUCAUGGUCAUCCGAGAUUAGGAAGGGAGGCAAAUACUUCCUCGAGAGGAACGGAAGCAGCAUAAUAGCUUUUGCUAUCGGUUCAGACUACAAGAGCGGCGAUGGAGUGGCCAUUAUUGCCAGCCACAUCGAUGCUCUCACUGCAAGGCUAAAGCCAGUUUCGAAGAAGGACACAAAGGCUGGAUACGAGCAGUUGGGUGUCGCACAGUAUGCGGGUGCGUUGAACUCGACCUGGUGGGACCGUGACCUAGGUGUGGGCGGCAAGAUCCUCGUCAAAGAUCCGCAGACUGGGAAGGUGACGCCCAAGCUAGCCAAGCUCGACUACCCAAUUGCCCGUAUCCCGACUCUUGCACCCCAUUUCGGCUCCGGCAUGACUGGCACCAACAACCGCGAAACCCAAGCUGUCCCGAUCAUUGGUGUUAACAACAGUGAUUUAUUCGGCACCAAGGAAGCGACUGCAUCUGGCUCCUCAAACGGGGGAAAUUACACCUUUGCGCCAACACAGCCUCCGGCAUUGGUGUCUGCUAUCGCCGCCGCGGCAUCGGUUGACCCGAAGAACAUUGUAAACUGGGAGCUUGAGCUCUUCGACACCCAACCAGCUCAACUCGGCGGCUUAAACAAGGACUUCAUCUUUGGUGGCCGUAUCGACGAUAAGCUUUGCUCAUGGUCUGCUAUUGAGGGUUUACUCGCCGCACCGGAGGCGAAGUCUGCUAUCAAUCUCGUCGCUCUAUUCGACGAUGAGGAGAUCGGCAGUCUGCUUCGCCAGGGUGCGAAGGGAAACUUCCUACCUAGCACAAUUGAGAGGGUAAGCGAAGUUUUUGCCCCAUUGGGCAAUGAUAGGGAUGCCCUGAACCGUACUUACGCCAACUCGUUCAUGGUAAGUGCGGACGUGACUCACGCCGUCAACCCCAACUUCCUCGGGGAUUACCUCGACCAGCACGCGCCACGCCUGAACGUUGGUGUGGUUGUGUCUGGAGACAGCAACGGACAUGUCACGACCGAUGCGGUCAGCACUGCUUUCCUCCAGCGAGUCGCCGAGUUGUCAGACGCCAAGCUACAGGUCUUCCAGAUCCGCAACGAUAGCCGCUCAGGUGGCACUGUUGGCCCUAUGCUUUCAUCCGCUAUGGGUGUGAGGGCCAUCGAUGCGGGAAUACCGCAGCUGAGCAUGCACAGCAUUCGCGCAACGACUGGAUCGAAGGAUCCUGGACUCGGAGUUCAGCUGUUCCACGGCUUCUUCAAGCACUUUGAGACAGUGAACAGCGAGUUUGACUUUUAGGGUGCAUCAUAGGAGUUAUUUGGCUGAAGAUUUAUUUAUACAUCAGAUGGAGCCUGUUGAGGUACGGGUAUGCGGUUCUAGAUUUAGAUAUGUUAGAGUACCAUAUACAAUCAAUAGUUACCAGCAGCUGUCCUGUGCAUUUUCAAAUAGACACACGUGCAGUCAGGAGUAUGAUGGAAACGUGAACCUCAAUAUUCAUUUGGUGUUGCUCUACUUGCCAUUUCGGAGGCUUUCAACCUUAAAUCCUAGCGUUGUUGAUCGCUCGUCACAACGCUGGGGAUUAGCAUCUUGACAGAUUGUACCCCGCAAUUUAUAUGAAGCACGGCUAAAGUGCAACAUCUCCGACUUGGCCAAAGGCCACUUUGAUCUCUUUCGGAAUUGGGACCUAUAUGUCCCGAAAAACUAAUUGGGCUAUGUUGAGUAGCUAUCUAUCUACGUGGCCAGAGCGGCCCUUGACUUAUAUUAUGCUGUUUGUUCCCGCAUUGUCACCGAUGGCAGCUUCUUGUGCACCACGGCGUUGGUAUUGAGCUCCACGACGGACAUAUCACCUCAGAAACAAUUCCUACCACUGCAGCCAUGCGAUCAACCAUCCCCUUCAUCGCCACCCUCUCCAUCCUCCUCCCUUCCGUCGCAGCCAUCCCAACAAACACCCCCAUCUACCUAGCCGACAUCUUCCACCCCCCAACCCUCAACCUCCUCGCCUUCCUCCCCGGCGAGCUCCCCUGCGAAUCCGCCCAACAAAUCAAACAAGACACCCCCUUCAGCAUCGGCGGCAUCGACGGCAUAGUGCUGAAAUCGUACUGGACCACCAAGGCGACGCUGAUGAGAGACGGCCGCGUCUUCGCGGAUUGCGCUAUUAGCCCGGAGUCGGUGGUGGUGGAUGCGUGCCCGGUGGGGAGGAGGGAGAGGUUGACGGGGGUUGUGAAGAGGACGUGGAGU